UCUCUCCUAAGCUUUCACGAUGCCGCUCACCCUGUUGUCUGAUAGACAGCGUAAGAUUAUUGAUGAGUUCUUCCCCGAUUCUGAAGAUCAUGCAGAGAUCUACAAGGACCUCCAUCAGCAUCCGGAGCUGUCAUGUCAGGAGCAACGCACCGCAUCGGUCGUCGCAGAGCGCCUGGAAACGGUUGGCUUCGAGGUCCACCGUGGAAUUGGCGGGUAUGGGGUGGUUGGUAUUCUCCGCAAUGGCGAAGGCCACACUGUCCUUCUACGCUCGGAGUUGGAUGCCUUGCCAAUCAAGGAGCAGACGGGCUUACCCUACGCCAGCAAAGUCGAACAGGUCGAUGCGGACGGGAUCAAGAAAGAAGUCAUGCACGCUUGCGCCCACGACAUGCAUAUGACGUGUUUGCUGGGGGUGGCAGCGCUCCUGCACGAUGCCCGGAAGUGGUGGUUGGGGACUCUGAUUGUUCUCUUCCAGCCCAAUGAGGAGCGACUCCUCGGCGCAAAGGCAAUGAUCGACGACGGGCUCUUCCAGAAGAUACCCCGGCCAAGCGUCUGCUUGGCCCAGCACUGCGUGCCUACCAAAAGUGGGACGAUCGCUGUCAAACCUGGGCGCGUCUUGGGUUAUUUGGAUUCGUUGAACGUCCGUGUGUAUGGCCGCGGGGCCCAUGGCGCGACGCCCCAACUAGCAAUCGAUCCAAUCAUGCUGGCGGCCAGCAUUAUCACACGGCUCCAGACGAUUGUCAGCCGUGAGAUGGAUGCAAAGGAGCCCGUCGUCAUAGGCUGCGGAACGUUCCAUGCCGGAACGGAUGCCAGCAUCAUCCCAGACUAUGCUGACUUCCAGCUCGACGUGCCCACAUUUUCCGCUGAUACCCAGAAGCUGGCCAAAGCCUCAGUGGAGCGUAUUAUACGAAAGGAAUGUGAGGCCUCUGGAUCCGCCACCGCUCCACAAAUUGUUACCGUGGUCAGCAGCCCAGCCAUCGACAAUGACGCCGUGGCGACAAGGCAAUUCACCCGGGUGCUGGAAUGCUAUUAUGGAAGCAGAUCCUCCGAGGUGGUCCAAGAAAUGCCACCAGAUAUUGUUGCAGAUGAUUUCAUCCUUCUCGCGUUGCCGCCUGGCGGGAAGCCAAUCCCGUACGUGUACUGGAACAUUGGCGUGACAGACCCGGAGACGUGGGAAAGAGCCAAUAGAGAAGGCAAGUUGCGAGAUUUGCCUCCCACUCACAGUGCCAUUUAUGCGCCAGCAAUUGAACCUACUCUACGCACCGGAAUUGAAGCACUGGCUUUAUCGGCAUUGACAUUUCUCCAGGUUCUGUGAGGACGACUUGCGACAUGUUAUGUUUAAUGGGGAAGCAUCAAAAGCGGUGGUCGGUAGGAACAAAGAGAUAGGACGUUCAUAGGGAAUAGAUAUCUCUUUCAUAUUGUACCGUAUAUGACGGAAUUGGUAGUUCUCCCUCGUAUGCUGGGGCAAGACCACACCACAUGUCUUCAGAACGUGAGUUUAUCUGCAUUCCAUCACAGAUAGCUGCCCGAAAUAUCAAUGGUAGCUUUCUCUAUGAUCUUAACCAUGCCCGUAAUCGACUGCUCCAUGUUAGUAUUUCCGGCCCACCGGCUGAGCUUGGUCGGAAUAUCUCCCCGAUCCAAUGCAAGCAUGGUGACGUUAAGGCUCUUGGCCUUCAUUUCGUGGGCCACUUUCACUCAGAUAGUCGAGGUCGAUAAUCUUAGCGCCAGUUGCCUCCAGCUGCCCGUGCG